AAGUUGACAUUUUGAAUGUAUUAUUUUCCCACACGUCAAAAAUAUUUUAGAUAUCGCCGCACCCAACCCAGUAAAAUUUGUGAUAAAAUUCGAAAUAAUUAUGGGUGACCACCUUCCAGCCUGUGUUAUAGAUGUGGGGACGGGUUACACCAAAUUGGGGUUUGCCGGCAACAAGGAGCCCCAGUUUAUUAUUCCGUCAGCCAUAGCAAUAAAGGAAACCGCUAAAGUCGGGGACCAGAGCACUAGGCGGAUGACUAAGGCCGUGGAGGACUUAGAUUUCUUUAUCGGUGACGAAGCGUUCGAUGCUACGGGGUAUGCGGUGAAAUAUCCUGUUCGUCACGGUCUAGUUGAAGACUGGGACUUAAUGGAAAGGUAUAUAGAACAAUGUAUUUUCAAGUACUUACGCGCCGAGCCCGAAGACCACCACUUCCUGAUAACGGAGCCGCCGUUAAACACACCGGAAAAUCGUGAAUAUCUUGCUGAGAUAAUGUUUGAGUCAUUCAAUGUGCCGGGACUGUAUAUAGCGGUCCAAGCGGUGCUCGCGCUAGCCGCGUCGUGGAAAUCGCGUACGUCGGCCGGACGUACGUUUACAGGGAUCGUAGUCGACAGCGGCGAUGGCGUAACUCAUAUAGUCCCUGUAGCUGAGGGCUACGUCAUCGGUUCUUGUAUCAAACAUAUUCCCAUAGCAGGAAGAAACAUUACAUCGUUCAUACAAUCACUUUUACGUGAACGUGAAGUCGGGAUCCCGCCAGAACAGAGUUUGGAAACUGCUAAAGCCAUUAAAGAAAGGUAUAGCUACAUCUGUCCAGAUAUUGCCAAGGAGUUUGCAAAGUAUGAUUCUGAUCCUGCUAAGUGGAUGAAGAAUUAUACAGGAAUCAAUGCAAUCACAAAAAACCCAUUCUCUGUAGAUGUUGGUUAUGAAAGAUUCUUGGGGCCGGAGAUUUUCUUCCAUCCAGAGUUUUCCAAUGCAGAUUUCACAGUGCCUUUGAAUGAGAUGGUCGAUGAAGUUAUACAGAGCUGCCCCAUUGAUGUGCGGAGAGGUUUGUAUGGGAAUAUUGUUUUGUCUGGAGGAUCUACAAUGUUUAGGGACUUUGGAAGAAGGCUUCAACGGGACAUUAAGAGAACUGUUGAUGCCAGAUUAAAAUUGUCUACAAUGUUAUCAGAGGGGCGUAUUACACCGAAGCCUAUUGAUGUUCAAGUUAUAUCCCACAAUAUGCAAAGAUACGCUGUGUGGUUUGGCGGUAGUAUGCUGGGAUCAACCCCUGAGUUCUACCAGGUGUGUCACAGUAAACAAGCGUACAUGGAGUAUGGGCCUAGCAUUUGCAGGCACAACCCUGUAUUUGGCACCAUGACAUAAUGACUUUGACUUUAUAAAUGCCAGUAUUCUGUAGGCAGUCCUCAUGUUUAUAUUAUGUUCUAAAAAUAUAUUCAUUAGCCUAUUUUUAAUGACUAAAAACGAGGCACAUGCUUCCUCUUUUCUAUAACAGCUCACGCAAACCUACAAUUGUUAGCCAACUAAAUUGCAAAAUUACUAAUAGGUUUAGUGACAUGUGCUAGCCCACAGACCUCAUAACUAAAGUGACCAUCUAUUUAUUUGGACACCACAAAAAUAUAUAAAAUUUACUUUUCAACUAUGCAUUAUUAAGAAAUUGUCCAAUAUAAAUAUAUAAAAGUCCACAAUAUAGUCAUUCCAAAAUAGUUGGCUAACCAAUGUGGAGUUUAUAUCCAUCACAUUUCUACAGUGUGGUUUGGUGGGACUUGUAAAAUAUGUUUUGCUUCAUUAUUGAACAGUGCCAAUCUUAUUUUGUCAUAAUUUGAAGACUGUCUGUAAUUUGAUUUAAACUAGUUUAAGCGUCAAUAAUAAUAUAAUUUUCAUAGUAAGUUUUAAAAUGCUAGACAGAAAUCAUUUAUUACAAUUUUUUAUGAUUUAAUAAAAGUGACAGCACACUUUCUUGAUUAAUGUACUGUAUUUUGUUAAAUAUUUUUGUCAAUAAUUUUAUGUAAUAUUAUUAAAUAGAUAAAUCAUUGUUAUUUAUAGCUGGACAGCUGAAAUUACUAAGCAUUUAAUGUAUUGCAUUCCAGCUUUUUACCAAAUAAAGACUUUUCACAACA